UAAGGUUCACAAGAGAAAGUUCACUAUAUUUGACCAAAUACUCUUCCUGGCUUGAGGGGACUGAGUAAAAGGUUUUCUAAAUGCUCCUGUACAGUUGAAUGCAAGGUGAAGAUAACGAACAGUGAUCAAUCUCAUAAUCUUGAAUUUAAGGGGAAGGAGAACCAGGCAAUGGCCUGAGACCGACUAGAAAUCGGGAGGAUUGAUACGUUUAACACAUAGUCUGUACGUUGUGCCGGUCAAAAUCCUUUUGGUUUAUGACAAACAAGACCUUCACCCAUGAUAGACCAGGUUAAAAAAGGAAAAUCUAAAAUGAAUAAAUAGAAUAGACUUCCGAUUUAUGAAUGAUUUCGGAGGCCUAUAUUCCAACAUCUCCACUUUGUACCUGACGUUUUAGACGAAAGGUCUGAUGGUAUUUAUCAUGUAGGAAAUAGGGAAUCAUUAUUCUGAUCACUAUCUAAUAUUUCUGAAUAUUCUGAAUAAACCAAAUUCAAGUAUAAAAAUGAUAGGUUUUACAUGUACAAUUUAUCUUGAGUCACCAGCAGGUCAGAAAAUCUGGUACAGGACUAGUAACUCUGUCAGGAACUCUAUUCGUUUACUGAUGAUGUGGACUAUCGAGUCAAAACGCUAAGCUACCAGGUCAUACCAAAUCUCUAAGUACGAUAUUUCUCGACAACUUUUAAAAAUCGAUUCAUUUGAUACACGUCCAAAAAAGGUUUGUUUCAUUUUUUUUUCAUUUGUUUGUUUUGUUUUUUAAAUUUUUGAUGUAAGCACCCUCUAAGAUUGAUAAUUGUUGUAUAUGAAGUGUUCAUGUACUACGAUUCUUAAGUGACGGGUGAAAAAGUAGAACAUUUUAACAGGGCUGACGUGGUUGUCAAGCUUCACGUUUUCCCACCUCUUCAGUGUUAUCAACCUUUACACAUCGUUAUAACCUUCUUUUCCAGAUACAUAACGUCGUGUGUUGUACACGAUCCUGAUGGAGAAUGAGGAACGAGAAAAAGUUAGAACAGGCCAAGGGGCAGACUUGGAAAUAGAUGAAGGUCUCCCCACCAUUGUAAUCGAGGAGACGAGAAAUGUGGCACCGGACGGCGGGUGGGGUUGGUGUAUUGUCUUUGGGAGUUUUCUGUGUCACUUUAUCAUUGGGGGACUGGAGCGGUCCUCCGGUCUGUUAUACCUCUACUUCCAGGACAGGUUUCAGAAAUCUGCUGCUGCAACGGCGUGGGCCACAGCCAUUCCUUCCGCAGUCAGACUAAUGUUGGGGCCCCUGUGUAGCUUCCUUUGUAACAAGUUUUCCUGUCGAGUGGUGGUGAUAACAGGGUCCAUUAUCUUCACUGCCACGCUCAUCAUGACAGCAUAUGCACCAACCCUAGAAGUGGUACUCUUCACAUUCGGAUUUUUAGGAGGUUUCGGACGUAGUUUGGCAUAUGCCCCCGCCGUUAUGAUAGUGGGAAUUUACUUCAACAAAAGACGAGGUAUUGCAGUCGGACUCUCUACGUCUGGGGUAGGAUUCGGAUCGUUCGUCAUCCCAGCGCUUGUAGAACUGGCAUUCCACUUUUACGCUUUUACCGGGGGAUUUUACAUUUUGGCGUGUUUUGCUAUACAUAUAUGUAUUAGCGGUAUGCUGUUUCGACCACUGGAAAGACAACGUUUACUAAUGGCUUUUGACAAAAGGAGAAAAAGUAUAAUGGACGGUACCAAAGUUCCAUUGAGAGACACCAAUGCGUUAGCAUCUCACGAGAGUUUAAACGAGAAUUCAAAAGAGAGUAACCCCAAGUUCAAAUCUGACAACUCAGGGUACAAGGAUACCGAAAACGAAAGCACGGUCGUUCCAAAGAGCAAAACCAUCGAUGUUAUUAGAGAAGACGCAUCACUGCUUGAUAAUGGAGAAAAAUGUGUGUCGUUACAGAAUGGAACCGUGGCAGAGAAGAAUGGAAAAUGUUGUGCUUUCCUUAGAACAGAGUCAAAAUCUACGGGGUCAAAACAGAAGUACCUAGAACUUUCGCUUUUAAAAGAUUUCCGUUUUUUAUGUUUCUGUCUAGCUAUUUUGUUGUUCACGCUUGCCUUCCAGUCUGCCUUUGUGUUUCUCCCAGCGUACGGCAAACAGAUCGGUGCAACAGAUAUGGAGGCCGCGUCUCUCGUGAUCAUCACCGGAGCCUUAGACGGAGUGGGAAGAGUGCUCUCUGGAACUAUUUUAGAUCUGAAGAACGUUAAAAGAUUCCGAGUCUAUAUAUACAAUGGUGUCAUGUUUCUGGUAGGGGGCAUUUCCUUCAUAAUUCCGUUUGUCCCAACCUACACUCAUCUGUGCGUGGUCUGCGGUGUGUAUGGGAUACUUAUAGGUACAUAUAUCUCCCAGAAAUCGGUCAUACUAAUUGACCUGCUGGGAGCGGGGAAACUCAUCAACUCCUUCGGGCUCCUGAUCAGCUUUCAGGGUGUCGGGAUGCUUAUAGGGCCACCCUUCUCAGGUUUCCUGAAAGACAUUGAUGGACGGUAUGAAAACGCUUUCUACGUGGGAGGCAGUUCCAUGUUUUUCGGUGCUGUUAUUCUAUUGGUGUCAAAUCUUCGACACUGGAUGAUGUCAAAGAAAAGUAAUCCAAACUCGCAAAAAUCUCGACACCACAUGACGACAGAAAUGCGGGCAGAAUAAAGUUGGGAAUGUUAACCACGUGGUGACAGAAACGCGGGCAGAAUAAAGUUGGGAAUGUUAAAGACGCUAGGUGCCGAUCUUUAUUGUUCAGAAUACUGGAGAUGAUGUUGUUAGUAACACAGCACUAGAACUAAAGGCUAAGGAUACACAUGAAGAGUAGUUUGGUGUGACGAUAAAUACAUCGUUUGCGGAUGAUCGUUGACAUGUUCUGAAAAUCAAAAUUAAAGAAAAUGCAAACCGGACAAGGUCCUGGCAAUAGAUGUAGGCUUAUCAAAUUCUUUUUUUUUUUUUUUUUUUAUCUUAUUCUAUUAAGUAUGUAUUUAAUAUCGUACAUGAACUGUUGACGUAAGAUUCAUCACGAAGAAAUUUACGCAAACAACUUGACUUGGGGCCGGGAGGGGACAUGGAUUCCUAUGCAAUACUUACAGAGCGCUUGAGGUUUCUUGGGGGUAUUUUUUUCAAUAACAAUAAGUUGUUUAAGACGUAUUUCUUUGUAUAUUUUCUAAGACCAUAUAGAUUUCAAUUCCUUUACGUUUUAUUUGUCUAUAUGUACAUUAUUUCACGUUAUAAUAGCAAGGGCAAAUACACGUGUCUUUAUUGUUUGCCAGUCUCUGACACACAUGACGUAAUAUGACAAUUUUAUGUAGACCUUGUAUGAUUGUUUAAGAAUUUUUGUGAUGUUUACAUGGCAUUAGUAUUAAUUGUUAUUUAAAUAUCAUUUUGUUAAACAUGACAAGAUUGUAUUUACAGAAACAUUAUUUUCUUUAUCAUCUACUGUUAUUAUUACGUAUAUUUUUAGCUCGCCUGAGCUGUAAUAAACGUUUCUUAUUCGGAGUC